AUCUGGUUUUCUAUUGACUAAUAGGUUCAAUUUGUGACGAACGCAAGACGUUCUGAAACUUGGAUGUCUACGCAGCACGUGCAUUGACGUUAAUACAGGCCUGAUGAAUAAUGUUCAUGGCCUUAAUCGCAUCUACUUCCUGUACAACGCAGGAAAUAUUUAUUUCGGAGGCACCUUGUGAGAUCAUUUCAAUGUUGACAUUUCCAGCUGCAAGCACACUGAACAUUUUUCCAGCGAUACCGACGGCAUGCUUCAUAGCACGUCCAACUAGCGACAAGAUAGCCAUAUCAUGAUGUACGUCCACAGUACCAAUUGAUUCAAGCUCUUUGACUAAUCUCUCGAAUGACUUUGUACUUGAAUUUGAGCCGUGGAUUGCCAUACUGACGUGGACCUCUGAUGUACUAAUGAGAUCCACACAAACACCAAAUUUAUCAAGGGUUGUAAAUAUCUUGGCCAAGAAACCGUGUGACAUUGUCUUUCUAUUUGAGUGUACGUUGAGUACAAGAAUGUUGUCUUUUACAGUAACAGCUGUUGGAAGCUUACUUGAGACAUGACCAGCGUGUUUCGCAUUCACAGCUUCUGUUGCGUCUUCACCCGGAUUAUUUACGCUUGUGUUAAAAGUAUCUGGGAAGAUAACAGUACCAGGACCGAGCGGAUUGAGAACGUUUUUAAUACGGAUUGGGAUAGAAGCUCUAAUAACUUGAUCCAUGGUAAAUGGGUGUAUAACUUCACUACCAUAAUAGGUCAAUUCCGCUGCCUCAUCUGGUGUGAUGAUCGGAACCAAUCUAGCGGUAACGACUUUACGUGGAUCAGCUGUAAAAAUACCAUCAACUUCUUUCCAGAUUUGCAACUCUCCACCGUUUAAUCCAACGGCGCACAAGGCAGCACAUAAAUCAGUAUAUCCUCUACCAACUUGUUGUAAGAGUGAUCCAGGAACAGGACCGAAGAAACCAGUAACUACCGGAACCUUACCUUCACACUUACGCAAACGCUCUCCCAGCCUUUGCGCCAAUCUAGUAUAGAAACCUUGAUCAAGUGAGAUGUUGUCAUUGUUUGAGCAUCCGCCGUCGACGAAAGCAUCAACGACGCCUUCUAAACUGACUAAUUCAUUUGGAAUACCUCUAUCCGAUAAUGCAGCGCAUACCAAUCUGCAAGCCAAACGCUCACCUAAACCAACAAUAGCAUCCUUUGAACGAGGACUAAUCUCGUCGAUGAUUUGAGCAGCGUUGAGGAACUCGCAGAGGCUGUCGAUGUCAGCUGAGAUAUCAGCCUCUACUCUUUUUCUAAUUUCGUCAUUCUUGAUUAUGACUCUGGCUGCAUUGAAGUGUUCCUCACGGAGUAUGUUCGUGGUGAGAACAAAAUCAGGUUCAUCUAAGCUACCUCUUGAUAAUGAAAGUUUUCUAAGGCUGUCAUCUAAAUGGCUGUGAUUAACGCCUGGUGGUGAUGCACUUCUAGAUGGUUGUGGGCUACCAAAUCGAGGUCUAGUGAGAGCGGAAAAACCAGGAGUACCAGGUUGUGAGGGUGUGCCAUUAGAGCGGGAACUAAGAGCUUCAGUAGCAGCUUUCAAUAGCAAAUUAGUGGUACCAGUCGACUUAGAAGUACCAGAUCUCGCACUACAAACCAAAACGACAUUUGAAGUAGGGAAAUACUGUGGUAUAAUCUGAUCUACUAUGCUAUCUAAGGCUCUUCCUACGGAUGUACCGCCAAACUUCUGUACAAUCCAAUUCCGCGAUGUUUGAUUAGUAUGACUCAUGGCAGUUGCUGAUCAAAAGGCUUUCUAUAGGACAGUCAUGGCAGAAAGUGCAGAAGGAUUACGUAGACUACAAGAUUGUAAGCCUGUUAAGGGUACACUUAUAUUAGACAGAGCAGAUGCGCGUAUAAUAGAAUCACAAGGCAAUAUAUUCGAAGGCGAUCAAGGGAAGAAAUACGCCAGGGCCUGUAGGAAUAUUAUAACCGCCAUUACAGACAAUCUGAACGACAUUGACCAAAGUGAGAGUGAAGAUAUAAAGCUGAUUAGAGUGAGAAAUAAGAAGCAUGAGAUUAUUUUAACUAGUAACGGUAACUAUCUUUUGAUUUGUGUACAAGACCCAUCAGCAGCGUAACUUUUAUUUAUUCCUAUGCAUAUACCCUAUAGAAUAUAUAUAUAUUGCUACAUUCGUAUAUU